AUGAGCCCCUUCGGGAGUAUGCAGCCAGGUUCAGCCACGAAUACUCCAGCUGCCCAGAGUGGGCUCCGAGAGUCCAACUUCAAAUACCUGAACACAUAUGCUGAGCUAAUGAAGCAGGCGGCAGUUCACGCCAAGGCUGAGUACUUCAACUCCAAGCGUAGCCCAGCCACCCCGGCACGUAAUCCUUUUGCUGAUCCUCCACCUGCUUCAGUACCCAUCCCAGCUCCACCUCAACAUUCUGCCCCCACACCAAGCACCCAGGGUGCCCAGGACCCCAAGAGAAAGAAUAGCUACUAG